UUUCGUCGUUCACAAAAUAGCCAUCUCCAUUUGGUCUCGCAGCUGCAUGCAUUGUGCCCGUCACAAGUGGGGGGUGCGACGUUCGUACAGACGUCACCGCCCGGGACGUCUUCUGCCUUCGGGACCAGCACGACGGCUACGCCUGGGCUCGACGUAACGUCGCCCUUCGUGGCACUCGCGCCCCGUCCUUCACCCUUGUUCGGCGCACCUGCUGCGGGGACCUCUGCCUUCAGCGCACCACAACCUGCUACGCCAGCAUUCGGGGUGCAGCCCGCAUCGACUUUCGGCGCGCCAGCAGGCAGCACGAGCGUGUUCGGCACGCCGGCCCCCGCCCAGUCUGCACUCGCCGCUUCGCAGAUACCGUGACUUUGAAGCGGUGGUACCAGUGGUAUUUAUUGCUUACUGCGGCCCAUCCUGUAAUUACGAGCGUUUUGUGUUGUCUAUUGAUACAUGGUAAUGCGGACACGAUUGACUUAUAGUCGGAGACCUCGCGUGGAGGUGUUUUUACAUUUCUCCUGGACGUUUGUAAUUGGAUAUACAAACUGUUACUACAUCUGCCUAGCUCGGU